AAGGUGUAUCUAAUUGUCUCGGGGACGCGCCGGGCAGGUGCGGUUUAGUAUGCCAGGGACGAGUACAGGUGCGGUUUACAAUGACGGAGACGCGCUUUCGUUAGUUUUCCGGGUUUUUUAAUCUGUGGAAUAGAAGCGCUGGCUCUGAUGUGAUGAUGGGAGACUCUGCUGCCUAUUACGAGGGGGAUCGAUCAGAGAAAAUGCAUAGAUACCACCAAAAAGAUGACGGGGGAAGUUCACAUGGAAAUAGUUCUCAUACACGGAAUGGAUAUUCAGAGCAGCGAGAAGAAAAGAAACACAGGAAGUAUGAGAGGGACAGAUAUGACAAAAAUUAUAGUAACCAACAGUACACUGAGAAGAAUCAAAUUUAUGGCCAACAAAGAAAUCAAACCAGACACCAGGAGAGCCAACAGCAUUACAAAGUAAAAGCUUCAAUAGACCGAAGUCGAAAUCCAAAUCGGCAUCAAGACCAGUAUCCUGAAGAUAGGAGUACAAGUAGGAGCCAAAAGGAGAAUAGUCAUUCCCGUUCUAGAGACCAAUACAGAGAGGAAAGGCCUUCCCAUAGGUACCAACCAGAGGCAAUCAUGCAGGGGAACAAGGAUAGGAACAAAUCUAAUGAAGGGAGGGCUCAAAGUAGAGUCCAUAAAGAGAUGAAUCCGAGCCUACAGAAUGAGAAUAUUUUAUACACCGUGGAUCACUUUGUCGAUAACAAGGGAUAUGAGUAUCAUUACAAAGGUGAAAGCUUUCAGCCAAAUGAUGUGGAAGAUUAUGUGCCAGAGUCAGACGGAGGAAUACUUGAUUGUCAUAAGUGCCGAUAUCUCUGCACUGGGCGUGCUUGCUGCCAGUUGGUGGAAAUUCUGUUGAAUAUGCUGAUCCUGAUUUGCUGCUCCGUAUCGUACAACUCUACAGGAGGAUUCACAGGGAUUUCUAACCUGGGAGGAAUUUACUACUAUCAGUUUGGGGGGGCAUAUAGUGGCUUUGAUGGGGCCGAUGGGGAUAAGGCCCAGAAGCUGGAUGUCCAGUUCUACCAGCUAAAGUUGCCCACCGUCACAGCCUCUAUGGCUUUUGGGGGAGCUAUCAUGGCUUUCUGCUGCCUACUGGUUCUCCUUGGGGUGCUUCGAAUUCCAUGGCGAUUUCCAGUUUGGCUCCUGGUGGAAAGCAUACUAGAUAUUGUUAUUGCUGUUGGAUACAUCCCUGCUCUAUAUUUCUACUUUCGCUAUUUACAGGAAGCAUACAAUUCUCAAAUAUGUAAAGACAGAGAGACGCUGUAUACUAGCAAAGGUUACAAGGGCUUCAGUUGUGCUCUGCAUGGAGCAGAUAUUGCAGCUGCACUUUUUGCUUGCAUGGCAAUUAUAGCAUUUUGUAUAAGUACCAUCCUCGCCAUCAAAGGUUUUCGAAAAGUUUGCCGUAUGAAAAAGAAGCCAACUUGCAUUCUUGAAUUUUAGCUGGUACAAAGAGAUACUUAUUCCAGAAUAUGUAACAUGUUCAUUUAUAUACUUCUCAUUAAUGUGUAUCUAGACCCUUGUAAUAUUCAUUGUUGAUCUUUUUGUUAUAUACUGCUUUUUAGUAAAUGAAACUGACAAUUUUUAAUAAAGAUAUAACUUAUGA